AUGCCUACUACUUUAAAUGAACAGCAGGAAACCAUUAGGAAAUUUCGCAGUAUUGCUAAUUUUCCUACAGUAAUUGGCGCAAUUGACUGUACUCACAUACGAGUAAAGAAAGUGAAUGCUGAUGGGGGUCAGUUAUAUAUUAAUAGAAAAGGAUUUUCUUCAAUUAAUGUACAGGUGGUUUGUGACGCUGACCUGAAAAUCAUGGACAUUGUUACCAGGUGGCGUGGUAGUGUACAUGACUCCAGAAUAUUCCGAGAAUGUAGACUAAAACAGAGGUUUGAGGCUGGUGCAUUCUCUGGAAUAUUACUUGGUGACAGUGGCUAUCCUUGUACCCCUUACCUAUUUACACCGCUGCUGAACCCCACAACACCACAAGAAGAAAGAUAUAAUAGGAGCCAUAUCCGUACCAGGAACACAGUGGAAAGAUGUUUUGGUUUGUGGAAGCAACGGUUUCGUUGCCUAUUAAGAGGUAUGUUUGGAGAUAUUGAAACAGCAAAAAAAACAAUUGUUGCAUGUGCUGUACUACACAAUAUGGCCAUCGACAUGAGAGAAGAUGUGUUUUCUGGUGAGAGAGAUAGCAUUGAACAAUAUUCAUCUGAACCUAUAGUACAAAGAUAUAUUGCACCAUCAAUAAGGGGAAAUAUUAGAAGAAGACAGUUUAUUGAAACUCAUUUUCAAGAUAAUACCCAUUUAUAA